AUGAAUGCCAGAGGCCUCAGGUUGCUGCUGAAGGGCAGCAUUCCAGUUACAGAGAGAGCCCUGGCUAGUGGAUCUUUCAGGAGCCAUGAUCUGCUCCAGAAAGGAUUUUCUUGUGUUAAAAAUAGACUCUUGCCCAGUCACCAUUUUGAAUUACCAGAAAAAAGUUUUCAGUUCAACCGAGACAAGAUGAACUUCUCCACCAAAAGAGACCUCCAAGCUCUGUUUGCUCCCCUAAAGUUGCAGAUGGAAUUCAAGGCAGUGCAGCAGGUUCAGCGUCUUCUAUUUCUUCUGAGCUCACACCUAUCACUGGAUAUUUUUAGGGGCAAUGAUGAGACCAUUGGUUUUGAGGAUGUUCUUAACAAUCCAUCCCAAAGUAAGCUGAUGGGCGAGCCACACUUGGCGGGCUUGCUGAACUCCACGACUCUGUGCAGGGAUGACAGGAGUGCUUCGUAG